GCAAACUUGCAGCCAACUUCUUUUCUGGCAWUGAUAACCAGCAACACCUCCAGSCAUCUGUUAAUGCUGUAAAUGAUGCAUUUGGUCUUUCUGCCCCAAUGCUUCCUGSUGCACCAUCUCCAUCUAUUCCUUUCUCAACAAGUGCAGCAGUUGAAGAGGAACCACAUCCUGCAGAUGCUCUUGCAGAGGCAUUCAGCAUGUCAGGCCCWCCUAAAGGCAUGAAGGUUACCUCUGGUAUCAACCCAUUUGCAAAGCGAUCUUCACCAGCCACCACUGCUCAUGCUACAGGGAAAGUUAGCCCAUUUGACCAAAUCUCUCACAUUCAGCAGCAACCAGUGAAUGCAGUAUUUGAUUCCUUUUCUCCUGAUCCACAACCAGUGAAUGCAGUAUACAAUGCCUUUUCUCCUGAUCCACAGCAGAGCAGUCCACAAGAACAAUCUGUUUCUGAGGCAUUUCCAUCACAACCAAAMGAAAUUCUCACACCACAGCAAAAUAACUCUAUUGCAAAUUCCUUCUCUAGCCAGUCAGAAGAAAGCUAUAACACUCAAAAUGGUGAUGCUGUUGCUGAAGCAUUUUCAACACAUUCUCAAGAAGUACACAAACCUAAGCAUGCUGAUAUUGUCGCUGAAGCUUUUUCAACAUCAUCCCAAGAAGUUUUCAGACCACAACAGAAUGCCUUGUUUGCAAAUCMRUGCCAUGGAACAUCUCAUGAGCCAGAUGUGGUAGCAGAAGCAUUCUCUGUUCCAACACAGGAGAACUACAGAUCACAACAGAAUGGUUCUGAGAAAACCACUGGACAAYCCCUGCMAGCACACAACACUGAGGAAGGUAGUACUGUUGCAGAAGCAUUCUCAGCACAAUCACAARAAGUAUUGAAGCUUCCACAUGCUGAUCUGGUUGCAGAAGCAUUUUCUACAUCAUCUCAAGAGGYUUUCAGACCACAGCAAAGUAACAUGGUUGUAGAGCCAUUCCAUGGAACAUCCCAUGAGCCAGAUGUGGUUGCAGAAGCAUUCUCAGCACCAGCACAAGAGAAUUUCAGAUCACAAUGUCAGAUUGAAUCGGAGCAAAUAGGGCCAAUCUCUGGAAAACUGCUGGAGAAUGACAACACAACAAAAGGUGGUACUGUUGCAGAAAUGUUCAAUCCUGAACAAGCUGAUUUAGUUGCAGGAGCAUUUUCAGCUUCAUCUCAAGAGAUUAUCAGASCACAACAAAAUGACUUAGUUGCAGAGGCAUCCCAUGUUUUGCCUCAUGAACCUGAUCUGGUUGCAGGAGCAUUUUUAGCUCCAGAGAAUUACAGCUUACAUCAAAAUGACUCUGAACCAUUUUCUGCACAGCUACUACAGAAUCACAACUCUGAAAAAGGUGAUUCUGCCACUGAAGGAGGAGACAUUUCUAGUUCACAACAAAAUGACUUCAUUGCAGACUCAUUACAUGGUUCAUCUCAUGAAUGCCAUAAUUCAGUUGAAUUCUCAUCAUCAGCAAAAGAAAUUUUCCACCCACAACUGAAUGAUUCUGUUGUAAAACCAUUCUCUGAUCAAAUGCAAUUGAACCCCUAUCUGGAACAAGCUGAACCUCUUGCUGGGGCAUUUAAUGCUGAACAACAAGAUGAUAUCAGGUCUCAUCUGAAUGAUUUGGUUGCUGAACCUCUUGUUGGRGCAUUUGAUACAAAAMAACAAGAAAGAAUCAACCCAAAGCAGAAUGAUUUACCCCAAAAAGAAGAUGCCAAGAAGAUCUCAGAUGCUUUCUUUGGUGCACAAGGGAGCUUUGUGUCUAAACCUACAAGCCAAGCUACAAAUGAUCUAUGUGUUCCAAAURUUCAGGGAAAUAACACUGAACCCAAGUACAGGAKUGAAGUCACUGAUCCUUUUUCYAUGGCUGACUCUCGGGAACAUAUUUCACACAAGGAUGGAUCGGCUAGUACUUCUCUGGAKAGCAACACAGAACUUUCACAAAGGAGUUCAAGUACAGAUGCAUUGGCCAUUACUGCCCCUUGGGAAAACACUUCUGAACUGCUCCAAAGUAGUUCAAGUCAAGAUGCCUUGCCUAUGGUUGAUACACCUGYAGARAGCAAUACUGGUCAUCCCCAAGCAAGUUCUGUUUCAGAUGCUUUCRCUACAACUUCUUUUCAGAAAAAUGAUAAUGAACACUUCCAAAGUAGCCCAUGUCAUGAUACAUUUCCCAUGGUUGAUCCUCCUCAGGAUAGUAUAUCUGACCACACUCAAGUCAAUUCUAGUUCAGAAGCUUUUKCUACAACAGUUCCUCAACAGAGUAAUACUGAACUUUUCAAGACYAGUUCAAGUGCAGAAGCUUUUGYACYGCAUCCGGCUUUUCMCCAGGGAAGCAACACUGAGCURGACAAUGUCCAUCCAGCUGAAGAUGCUCUAAAUAUGGCAUCUCCCCAGCAGAGUCACACUGACAUUGCCCAGACCAGUCCAAAUGCAGAUAUAUUGAACAAUGGUGCCCAACCACAGAGAAGCGAUGUACAARGCAGCYCAAGUGUCMAUGAACCAUAUGUGGGUGUUUCAAACCAAUUCAAUUCUGGUCCUGUUGAACUCMCUGUAGAUUAUACUCAAGGAAGUAAUACUGCUGAGCUUCCCMAAAGCCAAUCAAGUGACUUUGGAGUGCCUACUUUGUCUCAAGAGAAUGAUAAUCAACAGUCAAAUACAUUUUCGGCAUCCAGUGCAUCUCAAGGCAGUGUGAAACCUGGUGGUUCAGCAGUAGAGGCCUUCCCUGCUUCUGAUSAAGCAAAGCCUACUGGGGUAAAUCCUUUCAGAAGACCUGCUCCAAACAUUUCUCCUGCACUUGGGUCAUUUGUGAGCCAGUACUCACCAGAUGAGCAYAAUCCAGCUUUUGCAAAAACCCAUGUGAAGCACCAGAGACCACUAAAUGUUACAGCUCCAAUUGGCCAUGGUACACAUACUAUGUCUUCUACAGGAAAACUCAGCACAUUUGGUGAUGUGACACCCAAGGAACAUAAGUUUGAUAAUGCUGUGAUCAAUGAUGUGGUUAAGUCAAACAGUGGAAAUGAUGGUCCAGUUGGUCAGGAUGAUAAGUCAGAAAAACAAUCACAAGAAUUGUCUAAGCCAGCCUCAAAUCCCUCAGCCACGGAAACCUCGAGUGUUAACAGUGAAGUCCCUACUCCUCCACCUCCAGUCAUACCAAGUACUGGUCCAAUGGCUAUGACAUUUAGACAAUCAAGGGAAAAGAAAGCAAGAACUCCAGUGGCCAUGUCAUCUCUGUGGUCAAACCAAAACUCAACCACUGGGGCUCCCCCUUUCAUGCUUGCACCAGCACUAGUGCCUCAAACAGUACCAGUUGAAGUUCAGAAACCUGCUGAGUCUGUUGCUGAAACGCCAGAACCUGUUGAGACAAAGAAGAUUGACCUUCAUGAUCCCAACCUCAGCAAGAAGGAAAGAAAAGCUGAGAAAAAGAGGCUAAAGGCACUUGCCAAAGAGCAGAAGAAAGCACUGAAGAAAUCAAAUGCAGGUAGUUCAAAUACUGAGAGUCAGGAAAAGGAAACAGUCCCGGAUAAAACAAAAGAAAAGGGGAAUCCUCAUGGAAGAGAAGUCACACCUUCACAUGAUACUCCUCUUGACAAUGGCGGGAAUCCUCAUAACAAUUCAUCAAAACCACAUGUUGAUAAACCAAUUGCCCAUGGGAACCCUCAUCCACCACCUGGGAGCAACAGUAACUAUGGAAAUUUGCCUCCUGAUGCUCAGCACCACAACCCACACACAACUGGUCAUAACUAUGGAAACCCUCAUGGAAAUCCAUCACCUGUUGGUCACCAUGGCAACCCACAUAGCAAUCUGAGACCUGACAGUCAAAAUAGCAACCCUCACGGUGCCAGGAAUACAUCUGGGGGCCAUGAACAAGUUGUGCAAUCUGAUGGUUACCAUGGAAACCCACAUGGCAUCAGUGAUAACURUGGGAACUAUCCGAAUAUUGAAGGUGGUCACCAAAGCAACCCUCAUGGUAACACUGAUAACUAUGAGAUACAACAUCAAAAUAUACCAUCUGAUAGUCACUAUAGCAACCCACAUGACUUGGACAACCCUAGGUUACGHGAACUCAGAGAAUAUCAUUAUUAUGAUAAAUCACCUCGGCAUGAGUCUUCAGGGAGUAGGUCRCCAUCAAGACAAUAUGAUUAUGAUGAGUAUACAUAUAGGGGAAAUAAAGGAAAUAGUGGUGGAUACUCACCCAGGAACAGCCGUGAUGAGAGUUCAAGAAGAAGUGAAAGUCCUUAUGGUGCAUAUCAGGACAACCCUCAACACAAAAAUGAGAGGUACCACGGGGCAACUCGCCGGGAAAUGGAAAAGUAUGGUGACCAAAGUGCAUUUGAUUAUCCAAGAAGGAGGAGAAGUCUUGAUUAUGAACACUAUGAGGGCAAGAGGCCACAUGAGGACAGCUCUUACUUAGAUCACAGUUAUGAAUCRAUAAAGUCAGAUCGCUUAAAUCGUGAUGAAUAUUAUCAUGAUUACUACAGGGAUCGUUAUCGAUACGGAAGCACUGAGAGAUUGGACGGGGGAUUUAAGCCAAUACAUCCUAAUGACUAUAGAGACAGUUAUAGAUCCCAUACUCCAUCAUCUGGCUCAGGUCGCAGCUCACCUAGUAGUUAUGGUAACUAUCCUCRCCAUGAUCAGGGGUAUUACGGUCAUUACCCCCCUUAYCCAGGGUACCCCCCUGAUCCUUAUGGUUACUACCAAGGUCAUUAUGGUCAUAUGCCUUAUCCAUACUAUCCCUACCCUCCCUAUCCUUAUGACUAUUAUCAACACUAUGGUGCAUAUGGGCAUGGAAGUGCUUACCCUAGUGGAGAUGGUAGUUAUCAAGAGCAACAACAACAACCAGAGGAGCAACCUGAAGAACAUGCAUUAGAUAAAGGACAGCAAGAAGAAGUACAAGAGGUCAAACCACUACGAACUACACCUCUUCAUUUCCUGCGACCUCAUAUGACCUGUAGGUUUGGUGCUGGAGGUAAAUUGUUGAUAGUCCUUCCUAACCAUCCAGAAGAUGGCAUGAAACCAUUGGUGGAGAUCCAGAAAUUGAAGGUUGUAUUCACACAAGAAGAAAAGGAACAAAUGGAAACCUUUCCUGGGCCUCUUACUUGUCAAGGCACAAUGAAAAGACAAGUUUUAGAGUUUAUUCAAGACAAAACAGACCAAAUCCAACGAUCCUCAUGCACCCUUGCUAUCAAACAGGCCAAAUGGGUUUUAUGGAAGUUCUUCCAAUCUCUUGUAAAGCAUAAUGGGGCUGUAGUUGCUGAUGACAUUGCUGAGAUGCUAAUGACCUCAGUCCACCUUUUUGAAAAGAAAAAGAAAAAGCGUCAUUCCAGCAGUGGMUCCAGCAGCAGUGACACGUCAACUGACAGCAGCAGUACAUCCUCUUCUGAUUCAUCCACAAGUGAUUCAUCGUCAGAUGAUUCUCAAGAAAACACAGAAGAAAAACCUGUAGAUCAUCUGUUGGUUUUUMGAGGUCUUCUUCUUGAGGGACAUUCAAAGGAGGCUCUUGAUUAUGCMAUGAAAAAUGGCUUAUGGGGUCAUGCUGUACUGGCAAGUGGGUUGAUGGAUAACAAGGGAAAUAAUUCUAUGCUGGACACUAAGACAAGUUCUGGUGUUAUUCAAAGAUUCUUUGCUACCCUGGACAAAGGUGACCCUCUUAUAACUCUGUACGAGCAUCUAGGUGGAAAAGUGCCACAUUCAUUGAGGAGCCAUGAAAAUUGGGCAUCAAACCUUGCAGGAAUUGUGGCUAACCCAACUGCUUUUCCAGACAAAGACAAGGAUAACAUUGUUACUCUUGGGGAUACACUGGCCAAACAACCUGACCUUCUACAUGCCUCUCAUUUAUGUUAUCUAYUGGCUGGUAUUAGACCUGGUCCUAAAGCCAAGAUGGUUCUUGUUGGGUGUGAUCAUAGAAAUAAAUCCCUCAAUCAAGCUGCAAAUAUAGAAUCCUURCAGCUUACAGAGUUAUUAGAAUAUGCUUCAAGCCUUGAAAAUCCUGAAUAUUUUAUAUCAAAUCUCCAACUAUUUAGAUACAUACAUGCAAUGAGGCUUAUGGAUGCUGGACUCCACAAAGAGGCACUUGCUUAUCUCCAUACUGUCGGAGAUUUUAUCAUCAAAAAUCACUUUGCAUUUAAUGAGGUGUUCAAAAAAAGUGUUUACCAGACUGCUGAGCAGUUGGUUGUUCACAUGGAGAGUUCUGGGACUAGUAUAGAGCUUUUUAUCAAUAACUGGUUAAAGAAACUCAAACAAGUKGUUGAUGGAACAGAUAGUGGUAUAUUUGAGGUACAAAAAGAUGAAUCAGAAAACGAGGAAGAAGAAGAUCCAUUAGCUGAGAGUAGUGUGUCGUUCUUCAGUGGAUAUGAUCAAUCAAUUGCAUACAAUGACAAGCCUUCACCAGAAUCAACCACCCACUCUGUAGCAUCAAGACAACCCAGCAUACAAUCUAACAACACAACUACUUCUGGGCCAAGYGGGCACUCUCCUCUCUCACGGAAGGAUAGUCAGAUGUCUGUACACUCGCAUCCUGUUCUUUCGCGCAAGGAAAGCCAGUUGUCCACACAUUCCUCCAUUGCUCCUUUGCAAACUCUUGACAUGACUCAACCAUUACCAACACAAAUCUACCAACCAGGGGAACCAGUGGGACAUAAGGAUUCGUUUUCCAGCCAGGAUCAGGCAGAUGGUACUCCAAUCCAGGAAGAACAUUACCAGUCGAAUGACAUUUUCCAGCCAAAUGAUAACCAAGUUCAAUGGCAACAACACCCCAUUCAAGAUAACACUAUGAAUGUUGGUAUGGGAAAUGGUAUGUUUAUGCCGRGUACUACACAACAGAAUAACUGGCCUAUUCCUGAACAAGUGGGCGAAGCUGCUCCAGAUGAAGGUGAGAUGACACCUGUKCCAACAUUUGAUGAUUAUUACCAUCAAUCAAACCCAAUGAUGGCUAACACAGUCCCAAGCUGGCAGGAUGAUAUUUCAAAGACACCUACGCCUGGAAUGCAAGAGAUGUUGCCACCAAAGCAAGAUUCUCCUCCAAAACCUGAACCCAARCCCAAACAGGAAGAGAAAAAGCCAACAAAUGAGAAAAUUAAUUCGGGCGGUGGCUGGUUUACCGGUUUGUCUGGUUUGAUCCAAAAAGUCAUCCCAAAAGGUCCCAAUGAAGUGCAUUUGCCAGAUGAUACGAAAAAGACGAUAUAUUUUGACAAAGAAAAAAACAAAUGGAUUAACACUGAUGAGAGUGAAGAGGACAGAGCUCCCCCACCACCACCCCCUACAGACGCAAUGAUAGGCGGAGGAAUGCCUGGAAUCCCACCCAGUGGUCCGCCACCUCCUUUGUCAAUGCCUGGUCGUGCCAUGGGAAAUAUGCCAGCCACAAGUAGCRUGCCAACRAGUGCCAAACCAGUGCCUGGUAAUCAGAGAGAUGAACCUGGCACACCKCCCUCCCCUGGUAGAGCAUUUGGUACUGGUAUGAUUCCAGACCCCUCUUUGCCAGGAAGUCUUCCACCUGGACCUCCGUCAAAGUUCUCAAGAAGGGCACAGGGACGACUUGGAUCUCAAAAGAAGUAUGUGGAUGUUUUAAAUCCGAACAAAGGGACCACUCAAGGCUCUCCUGCAGUCCCUUCAGCCUUGUUCCCUAUUUUACCACCAGCCGGCGGUGGGUCUUUCCAGGGGACUCUAUUUGUGCCAUCAGCUGCACCAGCCGAUGACAGCAAUGAUUCAAUGCAACAACCUUCAAGUAUACAGUCUGGCAUUCUCGAACCAGUUCAUUAGGCUCACAGAGUACCAUAUCACUCGCUUCUGCWGAGGUUCAAAGUUAUUUUGAGGGUCAGAACGAAGACUCUACUCAAUCAUAUUCUGGUACACAAGAUUUAAAUCCGCCUCAACAGACUCAGUUUUUUGAUCCCAGCAGCUUUAGUUCUCAAACUGUGCCAUCGUCGUCGCGCCGUGGACGAGGGAGAAAAGGAGACUGGGAGCAAGCAAAUAGAAACAAGGGGGAGAGGGAAGGAAGUCAGCAAAGAGGAGACGCCUACUCCUUUCCUUCCUUUUCCUCUUUCUCGCCUCUAGUCCAUAUCCCUCGUUACCACAGGAAUCCCAAAAAGGAGAAAAAGAGGAAAGGAGAAGAUUGCGGAUGA